GAGUUCAAUAUAGGUAAUGUCUGUUUUUCACUGCGUACAGAAUCCCAGGCCUAGUUUGCGAGAAAGCGCAGGCAUGAAGCGCAAACCCACAAACAGCAGGGCUUUGCACCGGCCUACAACUUGAGUGCACGUUUCUUUUCAGAUGUCUUCCGCAUUCUACAGGUUUGCAUCCUUGUGCUCUUGUUUUUGAUGAGGUGAAGCACAAAGAGGAUAAGGAAAGAUUUUGACCUAAAAUAACUUUUUCAAAAUUAAGAUCCAACAUUCAAAAUGAAGACAAUUGUGUGGUUUGGGUUUGUGCUGGGUGCACUCUCUGCUGCAGGUGACGUGAUCCUCACAAAACCAGGGCAGAGUGCCACCUUCAAGUGUGGUGUCCAGACAUACACUCAAAGCCUGGUGUGGAAUCAUGGAAAUGACCGGAUUAUUAGUGUUAGUAGGUCGGGCUUCCCUCGCAAAGGUAAAUUUAAUGAAAGGUCAAAGUUAAAGUCAGAAACCACUCUGGAGAUCUCUGGAGUGAGGGAAGAAGAUGUCGGAAAGUUCAUUUGCACGGCAGAUGGGACAAGUUAUGAACACACACUUCUUGUGGUCUCAGUCUCGGCCAGCCCUUCUAGUGAGCUCCAGCUGGGCAGUGAGGCUACGCUCCAGUGUCAGGUAAAAGGUCUAAACCCCCCGGACUCUCCAGUGCGGUGGGAGAGGCCAGAUGGAAGUCUACACUCAGGGUCACAGACUGUUCAACUCAAAUCUGUAGCCCGCACUGAUGCAGGGAACUGGAAGUGUACGUUCUCCCAUGACGGGGGGAAAUACAAUGAGAGCCUAGAAAUCAAAGUUCAAGAACCUGGUCCUAAAACGGCUGCACCAUCCCCUUCACCAAGCUCAAAGGAUGUCACUCAACCAGGUGUUACUCAACCUCCAUCCACUGAUGCUGGGCUGCUGGGGCUCAAAUGGUGGAUGUGGGUUGCAGUUGGAGUAGGCUGCCUAGUUGUGGUUCUCCUGAUGGUCUUCGUCAUUGUCUUGUGCAAGAGGCUCAAAAGAAAGAAGAGAAAAUUUCUAAAUAAGAAGACUGGCCGACAGCCCAAGACGUACUGCCAAUGUGACCGCCCAGCAGCUGCAGCAAAACCGCAGCAAGGACGCAGGAAAAAGAAGCCAUCAGCCCUCCCUUUGCAACCCGUGCUAAUAGCGUGAGAUGAAAGACUGAUCCAAAAAAGGAAAGAUAGACAGAAAAAAAAGAAGAGAGAGCGAGAGGAAGCGAAAGAGGAACCGAUCAAGAUAAAGAGAGAGCGAUUUAAAGAGAACCCCAGUGUGAAAAUGGUAUCAAUGUAAAUGGGCUUUUGAAUGCUUGAGAUGAAAUGUUCACCAAAUAUAACUAGUGUACUGAAUGCAAAUAGGCUCCUCCACUGCAAGAGAAAACAGCAACAGUCUGUACUUUUUCUGACAUGUAUGCAGCAUAUUAACAUGUUAAGAAUAUCCUUGAAUUCUGCAUUGUCAACUUCUAGUGUGCUUUCCAUCGUAAAGUUCAUCCAGCUGAUUUUGAUGUUUUCUUUCUUGUGUUUCUGUGUAUUUAACAGAUGUCUAUGUAGACGUUGUCUUUAUUUCUGUAGGCUGUAUAUGAAAAGACGAUAGUACUGUAUUGAAUUUUUGUCUUUUUUUUCCAAUAAACUAUAAGGAUACCCAACUGCAAAA